AUGGGAGAAUCUCCUGCGUCACGGCCUGCAUCUGUUGGUGUUAAUGCAACCUCUGUCGUCAUCAACGGCUUUCCAGACGACAGUGACAGCAUGAGCGACAAUGAUGAGAGAAAUGGUAACGAAGAGCCCCAGUUUGCAGACUGUCCCGUGGACGGGUGUCACGAGUCGGUGAUUGUAUCAGAGAUGGCCUACCACGUUGAUCUACAUGCGGUCCUGGAGUACCAAGACACGCCAGUGGAGGACGGCGAUGCCAUCAGCAAGGGCAAAGAGAGCGUGAAGACAUUGGCUGUGGCACCCAAAGUGGCGAACCCAUCCCGGACGCAGGCACGGGCGCUCAAUAUUGACGGCGGCGCACAUGGCACGCAGUCGGUGAGGGCGUCAUCAGUUCCACCCCCGCAGCGGAGACCACAACGCACGGCCUCGCGAAAGUCCACGGACUCGUCUCGGUCCGUUAAUGCCGGGGGGCGUUCGGAUACUAAAGAGAGCCGGGAGGAGGUCGCUUCCACCCCUCAGCCACGCGACGACAGCCGUGAGCGGCACCGUGAGCGGCGGGAGCACCAGCGGAACCAUGACCUACAUAGCCGUGGCCGUGGCCAUGGCCGAAUCCACACAGGCGAACUGGGUCUUUCCACGCUGGGACAGAGCGGUGGCUCGCAUCAAACAUUCCUGUCUCGCAAGCCCUCGAAGACUGUGCGUUCUUUCUUGGCCAUGUUCUCUGGCGAUCCUCGGAAGCGUGCUUACUCUGAGCAAUCUGACCGGGGACGCGGGGACCGGGACAAGGAAAAGGACAAGGCUGUCAUACCGCUUGCCUAUCGGCAUCGGCAUUCUUCGAGCACUAAGAACAGCACUGCCAAAGCGAUGGAGGCCGUGUCAGAAGUCCCAAAGCGCCUCGGUAAGGCCGAGCUUGGCAAGUUUGCGAAUGAAGAACGGAUGCCGGACGCGCUCGCAAUCUACCUCAAGACCGAAUGGGGUGUCCGCCACGAAGAACCCAACUACUGA